UGAACCGAGGCCUCCUGCAUUGCAGGUGAAUUCUUUACCAACUGAGCUAUCAGGGAAGCCCUAGACACUAAUGAAGGGUACCAUAAACCCGUGAUGUGAUCGCUUUCCCCAUCAGAAGCAGCUGAUCUCGCACCUCUGGACUUGGAUUCAGAGGGCCUCAACCCAUCCUGCCCGAAAGCUGUGUGACCUCAGGAAAAUCACUUAACUUCUCUGUGCCUCAAUUUCCUCAACUGCAGAAUAGCACCAGUGACAUCCCCGAGUCCUUUGAAGGAGCAGAUGAGCUCCUAGUGGAUGGAAAGUUCUUUCUAAACUGUAAGGGGCUUUACAGAGUAUUAUUGUCCUUCCUGCUGAUCAGUGCUGGGCUACUCAGGUCAGCUUGCCUCCUGGGGUGCCUUCUCCUGCCGGAUGCUCAGUUCUAAGGGCAGAGGGCAAAUCCAGCUACAGUGGGAUCAGAGUAAAUUAAUCACUGGGAUUCAAUGCAGAAGUUGGGAUGACCUUUGGGAAAUGUUGCUGGCCUCUGACGACAGUGAGGAGGAGGGGGACCCCAGCCUCCCUCCCCACCCAAUGCCUCCUUCCCUGAGCACUCACCCGUCAGCCUCCGUCUCCAGGCCUGAAGUCAUCUGCCAAUCCCUGGCCCACUGCUCUGCCCCUGGCCCCUCCCACCAAGCCAGGCCCGCCUGUCCCAUCACCCUCUCAUUUUGCUUCCCCGAAUAGCACAAAGGAAAGGAACACUUGAUUCCGGAAUCACGUGAACUCAGGUUUGGAUGAGCGUUACCACUCAGCAUCAUUAAAAUCCUGAUAGCCAAGUUGUGGUUACUUGAACCUGUCUCUUCCCCUGGGGAAUGGGCUACGACUUCCUGACUUCCUUCCUUCCUUCCCUGAUGAAGGGGAUUAGAAAUGCAUGCUUUGCAGACUUUAAUGUGCCUGGGAAUCACCUGAGGAGCUUGUUAAAAAGCAGGCUCUGAUGCUUAGGGUCCAACAAGCUCUCAGGUGAUGCAGUUUCACCUCUGACAUAUGGAUCCACGUUUGAAGUACCUGCCAUAGCGAUAGCACUUAGUGGUCUUGACGCACUGACUGCUCUGGAGUCAAAGUAAAAAGAUUCCCAGGAUGUAAGCAACACGGGAACUGGCUCUCUCCGGAGAAUGAGGGUUGGACCGAAAGUUCUACGCUUCUGAUCAUGGCUUUGUCUUUUGGGUGACCAGCCCCCAUCCAGCAGUCCGUCAAGAGUCACCUCAUUAGAACAAAAGACAUUCCUAUGGCCCAGGAAAUUCCAAGGAAUUUGGGAACUCUGAGCAGGAAGCACACAUUUACAAGUAUGAUGCUGCCUCUUGCGUUCUGCCGUUGGAACAGUUAGUUUUCUGUGCUGAAAUCAUUUCGGGAAACUCAAGCACUAGACUUCAGCGUUCAAGGGAAGCCAAAGCCAUUGGAGGGGGCAAUAAAGCCAAAAACUUUUUAUCUGAGUAGUUCCAAAAAUUUCACUGCCCCUUCCCCAUCCACCCCCAUCCCCCAAAUAAGCCAUUGCACACAGACAGGCAGCAUGGCAAGCAAACGAAAAUCCACCACCCCGUGCAUGGUUCGGACAUCACAAGUGGUAGAACAAGAUGUGCCCGAGGAAGCAGACAGGGCCAAAGAGAAAGGAAUUGGCAUGCCACAGCCUGAAACGGCCAAGGACACUUGGGCAGCGGAACCUGAAAACUCUUCCAAAGAAAAUGAAGUGAUAGAGGUGAAAUCUACAGGGGAAAACCAAUCCAAAAAGCUCCAAGGUGGUUACGAAUGCAAAUACUGCCCCUACUCCACGCAGAACCUGAACGAGUUCACGGAGCACGUUGACAUGCAACACCCCAACGUGAUCCUCAACCCCCUCUAUGUGUGUGCCGAAUGUAACUUCACAACCAAAAAGUACGACUCCUUGUCUGACCACAACUCCAAGUUCCAUCCCGGGGAGACCAACUUCAAGCUGAAGCUCAUCAAGCGCAAUAAUCAGACCGUCUUGGAGCAGUCCAUCGACGCCACCAACCACAUCGUGUCCAUCGCCACCAGCGGCCCCGGAAGCGGGGAUGGUGACCCCGGGAUCUCAGUGAGUAAAACCCCCAUCAUGAAGCCAGGGAAACCGAAAGCCGAUGCCAAGAAGGUGCCCAAGAAGCCAGAGGAGGCCACCCCCGAGAACCACGUGGAAGGGACCGCCCGCCUGGUGACAGAUGCCGCUGAGAUCCUCUCGAGACUCGGGGGCGUGGAGCUCCUUCAGGACUCUCUAGGACACGUCAUGCCUUCUGUCCAGCUCCCACCAAAUAUCAACCUUGUCCCCAAGGUCCCCGUCCCGCUGAACACUACCAAAUACAACUCUGCCCUGGAUACCAAUGCCACCAUGAUCAACUCCUUCAACAAGUUCCCCUACCCGACCCAAGCAGAGCUGUCCUGGCUGACGGCGGCUUCCAAACACCCGGAAGAGCACAUCAGAAUCUGGUUUGCCACCCAGCGCUUAAAGCACGGCAUCAGCUGGUCCCCAGAGGAGGUGGAGGAGGCCCGGAAGAAGAUGUUCAACGGCACCAUCCAGUCUGUCCCCCCGACGAUCACCGUGCUGCCUGCCCAGUUGGCCCCCACGAAGAUGUCACAGCCCAUCCUCCAGACGGCUCUCCCAUGCCAGAUCCUUGGCCAGACCAGCCUGGUGCUGACUCAGGUGACCAGCGGGCCGGCAACCGUCUCCUGCUCCCCCAUCACACUCGCCGUGGCUGGAGUGACCAACCACGGCCAGAAGAGACCUCUAGUGACUCCCCAGGCUGCCCCCGAGCCCAAGCGCCCCCACGUUGCUCAAGUGCCAGAGCCUCCACCCAAGGUGGCCAACCCCUCGCUGACCCCAGCCAGCGACCGCAAGAAGACCAAGGAACAGAUAGCGCACCUAAAGGCGAGCUUCCUGCAGAGCCAGUUCCCCGACGACGCUGAGGUCUACCGGCUCAUCGAGGUGACCGGCCUCGCCAGGAGUGAGAUCAAGAAGUGGUUCAGCGACCACCGGUACCGGUGUCAACGGGGCAUUGUCCACAUCACCAGCGAAUCCCUCGCCAAAGACCAGCUGGCUCUCGCUGCCUCCCGCCACGGCCGCACGUACCACGCGUACCCAGACUUCACCCCACAGAAGUUCAAAGAGAAAACCCAAGGUCAGGUGAAGAUCCUGGAAGACAGCUUUCUGAAAAGCUCUUUCCCAACCCAAGCAGAACUGGACAGGCUACGGGUAGAGACGAAGCUGAGCCGGAGAGAGAUCGACUCCUGGUUCUCAGAGAGGCGCAAGCUUCGGGACAGCAUGGAGCAGGCCGUCCUGGAUUCCAUGGGGUCUGGCAAGAAAGGGCCAGACACGGCGGCCCCCAACGGUGCUCUGUCCAGACUUGACCAGCUCUCCAGUGCCCAGCUGGCCAGCUCUCUGCCCAGCCCCUCACCAGCGAUUACAAAAAGUCAAGAACAGGUUCAUCUCCUGAGAAGCACGUUUGCCCGAACGCAGUGGCCGACCCCGCAGGAGUAUGACCAGCUGGCGGCCAAGACCGGCCUGGUGCGAACUGAAAUCGUGCGCUGGUUCAAGGAGAACAGAUGCUUGCUCAAAACUGGAACCUUGAAGUGGCUAGAGCAGUACCAGCCGCAGCACGUGGUGGACGAUCACGGCUAUGACACCCCAUCGAGGAAAGUGGUCAAGACCGUCAUCACCGAGAACCCGAAGAACGGGAGUGAGGGGGGUCAUCAGUACUACAAGGACCCCAAAAAGCUCUGUGACGAGGACCUGGAGAAGCCGGGACCCAGAGGGAAGGCAGGUGGCGAGCAGGUGAAAGACAAUUUGCCAGCAAAGCCCUCGGAGGCCACAUCGGACCGGUCGGAGGGCAACAGCCGGGACGGCCAGGCCAGCGACGAGAACGAGGAGUCAGGUGUCGUGGAUUGGGUGGAGGUGACAGUUGGAGAGGAGGACGCUGCCUCCGACAGGUCAGACAGCUGGAGUCAGACGGCAGCAGAAGGCGCGGGGGAGCUGGCCGACUCGGACUCGGACAGCGGCCCGGCGGAGGCCAGCCAGGCCUAGACAGGGAAGUCCAUCAGAACUGCCGUGCUGAUGCAGGGAAUAAUCUGUCUUCAAAGAAAGAAGAGAACUUCUCUCCCCAGCUGAGGGCCGCCCUGGCCUGAGACUCCAAGUGGAACGACUUCGCUGCGUGUGCCUGCCGCUGCCUCUGCACACACGCACCUCCCCGAGGCCCGGUGGGAACUGCUCCUAGUGCCAAAGUCCUACUACUGCGUUUUCCAUGGGUCCCUGUAAAUAGCUGGCUCCUGCGCCCAGGCCCCCACCUCUUGCUAUACUGGAACCAAUUUGUACAACAUGGGAAUUUUGUUACCUUUUUAACCGAGGGCAACUUCCUUUUCCAGCUCUACCAUUGUAAGGUCUUUUUUCCAGGAGGGAGGGCUAAUCACAUGUGCUUUUCUCUUUUUUUCCUUUUUUAUUUUUAUUAAUUUUGGGGAGGGGGGUUGUUAGCAUUAGUGCCAUUAUAUCUACUGGAUUUUAGGUAGGGCAAGUUUGUUUUUAAAGAUAGUUUGCAAUUUGCGAGAUUUCUUCCGGGGAAAAGGGCUGGGAUUCAGGCCUCUGUCUGAGCUUGGAGAGGGGUUUACAAAUGACAGAUCUUCCAAAUCAAAUCCAUUUCUAUAGUUCUUCCCCAGCUGCCUUUGGGGGUCCCUGUUUAGCCAGGCACAAGGCUUUCUGAACUGCCCCAGGCCAGUCUGGUUUUUUCUGAUGGCCUGGCCUCUGAGGUCAGACCUUGGGCCAGGAGAGCUGGGUGGCAGGUGGCUACCCUCUGAGCCCCUUUUUAGAAACCAGCAGAAAGGGCUCACAAGUGCAUUAGCAUUAGCAUUAAUUUUGUGAAAGUAAAACAAAAAGAGAUUGUGCUAUCUAGAUGGUACAAAGAUGAACAGCUUUGGUUUUCAUUUCUGUUCCUAACUGCCUUUUCUCAGUGUGGUAUUGGACAAGAUUUCAGCUUGAAGCUUCACCACGAAUUGAUUUUUUGUUUGUUUUGUUUGUGUGUUUGUUUUGGGCCAAUUUUAGAUUCAUGAGUGCACUUUUUUUUUCCUCAGUUAGUCCUAACUUCUAAAGAAGAAAAACCAAGAGAUACAUCCGGUGUAAAUGUUGCAAUAUAAAUUGUGUUUGCAGUCCCUUCCCCCCAUCCCACUGCCCCCUAUUUGAGUACACUGCACAAAUAAAAUGUUAGGGAGUUUAAAAAAAAACAAUUUUUCUAACUUGUUGCUCAUUUGUUGUAACUCAAUAAAGCAAAGACUAAACAUUUUUAUAACCUU